UCCUUGACGUUAUUGUUGCGGCCGCGACCAUUUUUCUUUUCUCCGGCGCUUUUGCGUCACUCAAGUCCUUCCAGGGCUCACCGCGGUGACGGGCCGCUGUGGCCAGGAGGGGAGACUGAGGCCCAGGGAGGCGAAAGGGCUGGCUUUGCAGGUUGCCGAGUGCGUUUCUGUCCCCAGAGCAAGUUGGCCUGUGCAGCGGCCCUCUGGCCGGGUGGGGAAACUGAGGCCGGGGGUCCCACGGGCUCGGGGACCAGAACAGCUGCGUCUGCGGCUCAGGGCAAGCCCAGCCAUGGAUUGCAAAGACAGACCAGCUUUUCCAGUCAAGAAGUUAAUACAAGCUCGUCUGCCCUUCAAGCGCCUGAACCUUGUCCCAAAGGAGAAAAGUGAGGACGGGACGGAUGACACGAGGAGCCCUGAGGGUGCUCCUGCACAGAGUCGGGUCCCUGAUCUCGAGACCUCUUUGGACAACUUGGACAACAGCUGUCAUAUGGGUUCUGACAUAGAUUUUAGUCCAAAACUUGUCAAUGGGAAAGGUCCCUUAGACACCUUUUUAAGAAGUGGAGUCAAAACCAGUCUUGACCAGACCAUGGUCAUCGUUGAUUUGACGGAGGACUUGAGCGACCAGCUAGAUGGUGUCGUGGCCCAUAGAAAACUAAAGUCUGCAGCCUCUCCCUCCGAGGAGGCCGUAAGUGGGGUCGGAGUGGAAGCCAGAGGGGAGCGAGGGCUGCUGGAGGCCAGUAUGGAGGACGAGCUGGCGUGUCCUGAAGAGACCCUUUUGGACAUUCCAUGUAAAGCGGAGAAGGAGGGUGCUGUUUCCGGUGGUGUGGAGACGAGCGGAGAUGGGCAGGAGGGCCCCCUUCAGAGCUGCCCCGAGCCGACGGCGGCUCUGAGAACACGCUCUGAGAAGGACCAGGACGGCUGGAGUGGCGCCAGGGGCAUCCUGUUCAAAGGGAAGGUGCCCGUGGUGGUCUUGGAGGACAUCCUGGCUGCAAAGCCUCCCCGAGCCUUGUCUCCCAUGGCACCUGCACCCCGGGGCGGGUCCCCUGAUGGCGAGAUGCCUGAGUCCAGCCCUGAGGAAGACUCUGUUCUUAGCCCCUCGUCCGGGGCUUCUUCUCCUCCGGCCAGCUCGCCUGAGGGGCAGUGUGCUCCCAAAAAGCGUUUCGGCGGUCCCGGACCCUUCCCCACCUCCACACCUAUCCGCAGAAUAACUAAGAAACUGGUCAAAGCGUCUGCAGAGAAGGACAAGCUCAGACUGCAAAGAGACAAGGAGCGCCUGGGCAAGCAGCUCAAGCUGAGGGCGGAGAAAGAAGAAAAGGAGAAGCUGAAGGAGGAGGCCAAGCGGGCCAAGGAAGAAGCCAAGAAGAAGAAGGAGGAGGAGAAGGAGCUGAAGGAGAAGGAGAGGCGCGAGAAGAGGGAGAAGGACGAGAAGGAGAAGGCGGAGAAGCAGCGGCGCAAGGAGGAGCGGCGCAAGGAGCGGCAGGAGGCGCUGGAGGCGAAGCUGGAGGAGAAGAGGAAAAAGGAAGAGGAAAAACGGUUGCGGGAAGAGGAGAAGCGCAUUAAAGCGGAGAAGGCUGAGAUCACCAGGUUCUUUCAGAAACCAAAGACCCCGCAGGCCCCCAAGACCCUGGCUGGCUCUUGUGGGAAGUUUGCCCCUUUUGAAAUUAAAGAGCACAUGGUUCUUGCCCCUCGGUUUCGGACUGCCUUCGACCAGGACCUCUGCGAUCAGCUGGACCAGCUCCUUCAGCAGCAGAAUGGUGAAUUCUCCUUCCUGAAAGAUCUGAAAGGCCGGCAGCCCCUCAGCUCUGGACCCACCGUGGCUUCAAACCGAAGCACGGACAUCUAUAACAGCGAUGUGGUGAUCGUGGAGAGCGGCAAGGUGGACGGCGUUCCUGACAGGAAGAAGUUUGGCAGGAUGAAGCUCCUGCAGUUUUCCGAGAAUCACCGCCCGGCGUACUGGGGGACGUGGAAUAAGAAGACGACUGUCAUCCACCCGAGGGACCCCUGGGCGCAAGACAAGAAGCUCCUGGACUACGAGGUGGACAGUGACGAGGAGUGGGAAGAGGAGGAGCCGGGAGAGUCCCUGUCCCACAGUGAGGGGGAUGAUGAUGAUGAAGUGGGAGAGGAUGAAGAUGAGGAUGAUGGUUUUUUCGUACCCCAUGGGUACCUAUCUGAGGAUGAGGGAGUCACUGAGGAGUGUGCCGACCCAGAGAACCACAAGGUUCGCCAAAAACUGAAGGCCAAAGAGUGGGACGAGUUUUUGGCCAAGGGGAAGAGGUUCCGCGUGCUGCAGCCCGUGAAGAUCGGCUGCAUCUGGGCGGCCGACAAGGAUGGUGGUGCCGACCUGAAGGUGCUGCAGCAGUUCACGGCCUGCCUCCUGGAAACGGUGCCGUCCGAGGAGGAGCAGACGCCCAAGGCCUCCAAACGAGAGAAGAGAGACCAGCAGAUCUUGGCCCAGCUGCUCCCGCUGCUGCACGGGAACGUGAACGGAAGCAAGGUGAUCAUCCGGGAGUUCCAGGAGUGCUGCCGCCGCGGGCUGCUCGGCAAGGACGCGGGCAGUCCCGACAGCAGCUCCGCCAGCCCGCCGAGCCCCGGCUCUUCCCGCCCACAGACCCCCACUGGCAGUGAGGACGCCGCCGUGCCCUCCAAGGCGAGGCUCAAACGGAUCAUUUCUGAGAACUCAGUGUACGAGAAGAGGCCUGACUUCAGGAUGUGCUGGUACGUCCACCCGCAGGUGCUGAAGAGCUUCGAUCAGGAGCACCUGCCCGUGCCGUGCCAGUGGAGUUACGUCACCACGGUGCCCUCGGCCACCAGGGAGGACAGUGGCAGCUCCCCGGCCGCGGGGCCCGGCCAGGGCACACCGGUAUCGCUGAAGAGGAAGUCAGCGGGCAGCAUGUGCAUCACCCAGUUCAUGAAGAAGCGCAGGCACGACGGGCAGGUCGGAGCUGGGGACCUGGAUGGCUUCCAGGCGGACACCGAGGAGGAGGAAGAGGAGGACGGCGACUGUGUGAUGCUGGACAUCUCGGAUGUUGGGGAGGCCCAGGCCCCGUGUGGAACCACUUCCGGAGCUGGGGGGUCCAUGGGGCUGGACAGCAGCGAGCGCCCCCUGCCCGCCAGCUCGCUCGGCCCCUGCUGAGGGCCCCGUGGGCCCCGUGCGGGUGUGGAGGGUGGUUAUAGGGUCCCCAAGCGCCUCUCGGAUACUUGAAAGCCCUGCGAGUCUGUGUGAAGAGCACUUUGUCCUGCUUCGCAGACCUCCCGAGGUCUGGAAAGGUUUAUAUAGGAUGCUUGAUUUGUUCCUUUUGAUAUUUGUAAAAACGUUCCCCCCAAAAGCUGCAUAUUAAUCUGCCCUUUAAUAAAGCAUUAUCGCGAUGUGAGGGCCCGUCCAGGGGAAGCCCGGUGGCACCCCGCGGGCCCCGGAGCAGGCACUGUGAUGAAAUGCUUGUAAAUGCGUUGGAGCCGCUGCGGCUCCCGGACCUGAGGGGGGUGUGUAUAAACUUCUUGUCCAGCCCCGA